AUGUGGCGAACUUCGGUGGUGCUGGCCUUGGCUGCGCUGGCUAAGGUCCGUGCCCAUGAGGAGCUCCCCGAGGAGUGGUAUGAGGUCUACGCAGCAGCCAGGCGGUCGGCGGACGGGAUGAGCAACACGGGUGGCUCGUUUGGGAGCAACGUGGAACACGUCCGCAACUGCAGCCAUUGGACCUUCAACUGCGCCGAGCCAGCCUCGCCAAGCCCAAUUACAGCCAUGGCCAAGUCCGUUUUGGAAGCCCUGAAGGCCACCGGUGCCAGCGAUUUGCAAGCGGCCAUCGAUGCCGUCUCGGCCAACAUGUUCAAGAUCAAGGACGACAUGGGUGGGGUCCUGAUGGGGCGAGCUGGAUGCCGGAAGGAGCUGAAAGGUCGUGAGAUCCUGGACAGUCGUGGCAACCCCACCGUGGAGGUGGACCUCGUCACCGAGGGCGGCAUCACUGUGACCGCCGCGGUGCCCUCGGGCGCCUCCACCGGCGUCCAUGAGGCCUGCGAGCUCCGCGAUGGCGACAAGGGCCGUUACCUGGGCAAGGGCGUCAUGAAGGCCGUGGAGUCGGUGAACACCGUGCUGAACGCCUCGCUGAAGGGCUUCGAUGUCUCCAAGCAGAAGGAGAAGACACGUCACGAGCGAAAUCGAGAGUUGGAUGAUAAGAUGAUCGCCCUGGACGGCACUCCCAACAAGAGCAAGUUGGGCGCUAACGCCAUCCUCGGCGUCUCCAUGGCCGCGGCCAAGGCCGCGGCCCAGGCGCGAGGUGUGCCCCUCUACCAGCACUUUGCCGACUUGGCGGGCAACGGAGCGAAGUUGACUCUGCCUGUGCCCUGCUUCAACGUCAUCAACGGCGGCUCCCACGCAGGAAACAAGCUGGCUUUCCAGGAGUACUUCAUCAUUCCUGUCGGUGCUUCCUCCUUCAAGGAUGCCAUGAGGAUUGGAGCCGAGUGCUACCACACCCUGAAGGGCAUCAUCAAGAAGAAGUUCGGCGGCGACGCCACCCUGAUCGGCGACGAGGGCGGCUUCGCCCCGCCCUGCGAUGCACGUCAGGGAGUCGAACUCAUCAUGGAAGCCAUCGAAAAGGCUGGAUACAAGGACAAGUGCAAGGUGGGUAUGGACGUGGCAGCCUCCGAGUUCAAGGUCGAAGGUGUGGACUGCUACGAUUUGGGCACCUGGUACCCUGAGGCUGAGAAGACCCCAGAUCUGAAGAUGACCGGAGCGCAGUUGGCGGACUUCUACGCGGAUCUUUGCAACAAGUACCCCUUGAUCACCAUCGAGGAUCCUUUUGACCAGGACGAUUGGGCGGCCUGGAGCACCUUUACAACAAAGGUGGGUGGACCAACUCAGGUCGUUGGAGACGACUUGACGGUCACCAACGUCUCUCGUGUGCAGAAGGCCAUCACGGACAAGGCGUGCAAUGCUUUGCUCCUGAAGGUGAAUCAGAUCGGCACCGUCAGCGAGUCCAUCGAUGCCGUGAAGCUGUGCAAGACCAACGGCUGGGGCGUGAUGUGCUCCCACCGCUCGGGGGAGACCGAGGACACCACCAUUGCGGACUUGGCGGUGGGUCUUUGCACCGGCCAGAUCAAGACGGGGGCGCCGUGCCGAUCGGACCGCAACGCCAAGUACAACCAGCUGAUGCGCAUCGAGGAGGAGCUGGGUGACAAGUGUGCUUAUGCCGGAGAGUCCUGGCGUAAGGCCCGCAACGAGCGGCGGAAUCUGCGGCGGCUUCUUGAGAUCCAGCCGCUGCCGGCGAAGCUGCCUGAGAAGGGUGACCCCGAAGAGGUGAACAUCUUGGUGAUUGGCGACUGGGGCACCUACCCAGGCACCGGCAUCAACAUGGGCACUGAUUGGGAUGUCACGACCUGGAACAGCGUAUGCUUUUACGGCUCUUCCUCACCAAAGGCGUGGAAGGAGCAGAAGGUCACCACUGGCGAGGAGGACGGCAAAACUCUUGGGAUGGGCAGUUGCGAAGACCCCGAUUCGUACAAUUGGCGCAUGGGGAAAGACCCAUGA